CCGGUCGGUCGGUCCCUGCGCACCGUCCCAACUCUGAGCUGCAAUCGAUAGGCGCCCUCCUAUUCUCCUCCCUCCGAGCGCGGCACCGCGCGCGCGAGAAACUUUUUCUGCGCACAUCAGCCGGACCCGGGGCCCCAAAGCGAGACGCCAGUGCGGACUCUGCAGAAAGUGGCAGUGAGCAGUGGACGUCGGCUCGGAAGAGCGGUGAAGAACUCUUGCACGCGGCAACUUUUUUUUUCCUCUCCCCUUAACUCUGUUUCCUUAAAUCCCGCUUGUGGCUGUUGAGUUUAAAUUUUCCCCCUGCUUAUCGCCUCCAAGUAGGCAACACUGGAAAGCGGCGGCGGCCAGCGCGCAGCGCGCCACCCGUAGGGAAGAAGAACCUGAGUAUACACAAGGCACGGCAAGCAAGAAGACCGCAGAGGCGGCUGCAUAAAGAAGAUCAUCCAUUUCGCGAGCAGCGACCCCGUGCCGGAAGCCAGAGAUGAGCGAGUGAGAAACCCAGCUGCGCAAUGCCAGCCCUCGGAGAAGCGAACGGCUCGUGGGACAGCCCGGCGUACAGCCUGCUGGAUUUGCUCAAUGGCGCCAACACGUCCUCCGUGGAGCUGGAAGUCCUGGGCAACGGAACAGUGCUGGAUAUCGUGCGUGACGCCAACCUCUCGCUGCUGGAGGAGAGCGACGCGAACGCGACUGCAGCGACCGUAGAGUCGGCCCACGUUCAGCAUGCGGCCCUCGGAGUGCUGCUGGGAUUUUUCUGUAUCGCGACUGUGUUCGGUAACGUGCUUAUUAUGGUCUCUGUGGCCAAGGAGCAGUAUCUGCACACCGUGACUAACUACUUUAUCGCAUCAUUAGCGACGGCGGACUGUCUGGUGGGCGCCGUGGUCAUGCCGUUUUCGGCCAUCCACGAAAUUAUGAACAAGUAUUGGAUAUUCGGCCAGGACCUGUGCGACGUCUGGCACUCCAUCGACGUCCUGGCCAGCACCGCGUCCAUCCUCAACCUCUGCGUCAUAUCGCUGGAUCGCUAUUGGGCCAUCACCGAUCCCAUCAGCUACCCGUGCCGUAUGACGCAGGCCAGGGCGACCACCCUGAUCGCCGUCGUAUGGGUCUGCUCCGCGCUCAUCUCGUUUCCGGCCAUCGCCUGGUGGCGUGCCGUGACCAAGCUGCCGCCUGCCGCUUUCCAGUGCGCCUUCACUGACGAUGUGGGCUACCUGGUGUUCUCGUCGACCAUAUCCUUCUACGCGCCACUCAUGGUCAUGGUGUUCACGUACUACCGCAUCUACAAAGCCGCCGCCGAGCAAACGCGAAAUCUCAAGCUCGGCUGCAAGCAGGUGCAGUCCUGCAAUGGCGAAGAAUCGACCUCUGUGACUCUCAGAAUCCACCGCGGGGGCAUGCUGCAGACGGCCAACAACUACAAGGCAGUGUUUGCGACUUCGAACGAAACCUUCGACCGGAACAACGCUACUGGCACAUCCAGAAACGUCAAGAACUUCUCGCUGAGCCGUAAGCUCGCCAAGCUUGCCAAAGAGCGGAAGGCUGCCAAGACGCUCGCCAUUGUCAUGGGAGUGUUCAUCCUCUGUUGGCUGCCUUUUUUCGUCACUAAUAUCUUGAUGGGUAUUUGCGGUGAGGCAUGCGUGAUGCAGCCGGACCUCGUGUUCUCCACAGUCACCUGGCUUGGCUGGAUUAACUCGGGCAUGAACCCGGUCAUCUACGCUUGCUGGAGCAGAGACUUUCGACGGGCUUUUGCGAACGUGCUUUGUUGCUGCUGCCCUGGCUACUUCCGCAAGCGGCAGCGUCGCCGCGACCGGCUUCGACGCAUGAUCAAGGAGGACGCCAGCCUGCGCUCGCAUAGCAUCGAGGAGGCUGUGCUAUAGCGACCGUCACUGGACAUCUAGCAGUCUAGCUGCCUGUCGCUUGCAUGACUGGCAGCGCAGACGACUGUGGCAGGAGCUGUUAUGAUCGCCAUACGGGUUGUUUUGUGCUACAUCUGACGUUCCGGAGCUCAUUGUACGGAUAAGCUAACUUCCCCGUAUCACAACAGCUUCAUGUUAAGCGGCCGAUCGCUCACUUCUAAGAAAAGAAGACAACGAUUUUAAAUUCGUUGCAUUUCUGUCAGCUCUGAAAAGUGCAGUGGAUCCUAUAAAGUAAGUCGAAGAUUUACUGUAGUAAGGAAGUAUUAUUACAUUUAUAAACACGACUAUUCUAGGCACACGUACCUCGAGCAUAAUAAAUGUCUAGGCGACUCAGUGCAACUGCGAAUACAUUAUCAGGCAACGUAAAACCAAAAGCACAAGUUUAUUGGGCUGAGAAAUAGGUGGCGGUUUAUGCACGAGGGGAGCAUUACGAGCAACACGGUGGAUGGCUUUGGAGCAUCUGUAAAUUGGAUGGAAUCCAGCGAAAGACAACGUACAAAGAAGUAGUAAACAGUGGGAGAAUUAGGAACUAACAACUCUAGUUCCAUCUUGUUGUGUCGACUACUUCUUUGCAUGUUGUGUUUUCGGCUGGAUUCCUUUCGAUUUAAGCACGUACACAUGUAGCUAUGACUGACUUUUCACCGUUCAAGCUACUUCAAGUAAAACAUAUAAUUAGCUACGAUCAGCGAUGAGUACAUGCAAGGUAAGCGAUUGCAUCGCUCCAACUUUUCAGCACUCCAACUUUGUUUUUGUUACUAUCGUAGCGCUGGUUGUAUAAAGGCUGCAGGUGCGUAGGAAGCAUGCCCUGUAUAGGACGUGAGGUCUAAAUUUAUUGGCAGAUAUUUCACUUAUAUCUGUAAGAACUAUGUCGAAGGAAACAAUGAUGAAUUGCUUAACGAAUAAAAAGUGCUAUCUACGAUUUCCUUACGUCACACUCCUGAAGCACAUAUUGUUUCAUAUAGUGACCUACAGGUGAUGUAACUGAGAAAAAAAUGUGGUUUGUUCUAAUGGAAGGGGAAACAGAAACAAAACUUGUCACAAAGCCAAAAAUGCUUUGUGACAUGUUCCUGCUAUGCGCUGCAUUUUCCCACCCAUAUUUGUACGACUAUCAAUAGCAGCGUACAAAAUAGAGUUCUUCAGCCACUGCGCACACUUUUAUAAGCGCACUGAACCGAGCUCCCGUCUGCGUCUGCUUCUUUCUGAAUCAGAGGCAGAUCCACACUUACGAGACAGCACGUAAGUAACGAGCUCAAUGAAAUAUUUUUGUGAUGUGAACGUUUUACUUAUGGCACUCAUUGUACCUCUUGUGUGUAAUGUUGAUUCAUCGCACGCUUUCUGGUCAUCAAGCUUGUAUAAGAGGCUAAAUAAUCCAUCCUGAUUUAAAUAUGUACUGAAGGAGAAGCUGACGUUUUAUGAGGAUGCCAGCUUCUCCUUUUCCCCACGAGUUUCCACAAACCUAGUAACAAAUGUUCAUUUUAUUCAUGUUGGGCUGCUGAUAUUCAUUGCGCUCAGUUAGAUUUCUCCUAAUUAUUCGGGUGACUGAGUUUAUAUUUCUUUUGCAGAGACAAUUACCAUAUUGGCAGUCUGGUGUGUAACAUACAAGUGUAUAUGCUGUAUGCUUAAGUUAUCAUGUUUUUGAGCAUGAGCGCUUGUCAUUUACUGCGCAUACGCAAAGCUUAUUUAUCGUUGAACACAUGUACAUAGUAUCGGUAUGGACGUCGUUGUAUAUUCACUUGUAUUCAACUGUAUCCACUGGCCUGUGACAGAAAACAUCUGUCACUACACGUGUGCAGGGUGUGAAUGAAACUGACUUAAAAGAGUACGGCCAGGCUGUCAUAUUGUUCACAAAGCCUUGUGCCACGAUCGCGAACUUAGCGCCUCACGUUUUGAGUGGUUCACGAGCUCAAGAAGCGUUUUCUUUCUUUGUUUUAUUUGUUGAUGCAUCUUUAUUUAAGGACUUUAGCCUUUAGAACCAUGAUGUUUAAUGUUACCUGUUGCGCAUUCAAAAUCUUAGUAUAAUUCAAGUUCACGGACUACAAAUAACGACUGGUACGUUUAUUUUCCUCAGUCAUUGUUCGAGAUC